UUAGGUUCGAUUGAAAUUCACGAACCGGAGGAAAAUAACCGGGUCUACAAGCUCUAGCAACUGAAACCCACACCAACUUUCUGUAUAUCUCCUUGCCGUUCCGGUCGAAUCCCCUCCCUCUCCGGCCUGCGGCGGCGUGCGAGGGACGACACCGCCUAUCGAGAUCAGGCGUGACGCUCCGACUCUUCAUCUGCCCUGAUCGGUUUGUUGGAAGAACUCGAUAGAUUUUCACCGGAGUCCACUACGAUUGGAUUUGAGAAAGGGCUUUUGGGGGCAUCGUCCUUGGUUCGUGGUUGUUUUUUUCCGAGUUAUCUCUUCUUGCAUGAAUGGCUAGAGUAUAGGUUUUGUUAUUUCACAAUAAAAGGCAUUUCUUUCAGCUUUUUUUGUCACCUCCAAGACUUGUUUGCAGCAGGUCUCUAUCUGUGAGUCAUUUGCCAUUGUACUGGUAAGGUGGCAAAUGGAAGGGUCUGAAUCUAACAGGAUUCGAAGCAAAAGAGAUGUUGAGGAAAAUGUUGAGGUUAGGAGCAAGGAAGAUUAUGAUGACCGGGAAGGUACAGAUAAGAAGAAGCACAAAUCUAGCAAGUCAAGGAAACAUGCGGAUGCAGAGGAAGUUGAUGAACAAGACAGUGGCAGGAGGAAGGCUUCUGAUGACAGGAAUGAGUCCAAGAAGAGGUCUGGUGCCUCGAGUGGCAUCGGAAGUGGUGAUGAGGAUGAUUAUUCAGUUAGAAAGGAGCCCCGCUUAAAGAUCCCACGGAAAGAUGCAGAUGAGAGAAUUGAUAGGCGACCUAGUGACAGCUACAGAGACAGGGAACCGGACAGCAGCAGAAAGAGGAGAGAUGACGGAUAUGAGUGGGAUCCCUCAAGGAAACCAAGUUCCAAAGCUUCUGCACAUGAUAGCUCUGAUAAUAAAAGCAGAAAUAAAGCAGAGAGUUCAUAUGAUGAUGAAAAUGAGAAGUUGCAUGAAAGAGACUCCAGAUAUCCUGAGAGGAAGGACAGCGACAAGGAAAAAAAAGAUCAAGUUCAGAAUGAACAUGAAAGAAACACCUAUCGUAGGAGAUGGGAUGAAGUAGAGGUGGUCACAAAGAGAGCAGAUGAAGGCAGUCAUACUGACAGAUCUGAUUCAAGACUCAGGAAAGCUUCAGAUUCUAAUAAGCAUGAUCUUCAAGUGGACAUAGAGACAGACUUCAGAAAUGAUUCAGGAGAGGGUAAAAGCAAGGUUCUGGAUUCAAGUGGUGACAAGGGUAGUAGGUCAAGCAACAGAGAUGACAGGAAGGAUGGUAGUGAAAGGGGCAGGAAUUGGAACAGAUUGGAAGUGCAAGAUGAAGAAAAUAGGAUGACUGAUGGUCCUCAUGAAAGUAGAUCAAAUGCAGUCAGAGAUGAUAGGCAAAUAAAGGUAAGUGACAGAGCUACUGGGCCAACAGAAGAUGUUGAACAAGGUUCCCAUAGAUACAGUUCAAAGCAGCAUAGUGAGAAAGGCGACAAGCAAAGGCAAGAAAGAGAUUUUGAUCAUGGUAAUCGUGAUGAAGUUGUAACCUGGGAGAAAGCGACCAACAUGGAUGAAGAUAAUCAUUCUCAGAUGCGGGGUACAAGUACAAGGAAUGCUGACCGUUAUAAACAGUCUCGUAGUCCUGAGAGAACAGGAAGACACUACAGAGAGUAUGAAGAGCAUGACCGAGGAUUUUCAGAUUCAGACAAUGAAAAGAGCAUUAGCAUUAAAGGAUCCUUAACUGACAGGAAUAGGGAGAGGGAAGUUUUUAAAGAUCACUGGAAGAGAAUUCAAGGCAGGCAAGAUCCAAUAGAUGGUGAUGAUUUUGGUCAGGUGAAGGAAUGGGAAAUCCAUAGCCAUGAACAGGAAAGGUUUGGUAGUGAGAACAUUCAAAUUAGAUCUGGUUACAGAAAAGAUAAUCGGACUAGGUCUGAAGGUGCAAGAGGUUCAUCGACAUUUAGCAAUAGAAAUGAAAACUCUGAUUCAAUUGAAAUCAGGCCAAAUAGGAAUUUAGAUUUUGGAAAGGAUGAUUCACUUUCAACCUUUCCUGGAAGGAAAGCUGAAGUGGGCUCACAGCAGGAUUUUGCUUCAGGAGGUAGUGAUGAGGAAUGGGGUUAUCUAGCUGAGGAUAAAGGAAAAACUGCAUCAGCUUAUGGGGAUGAUUCACAGGAAAGAUUCCUGGAUGAUGGCUCACCUGUAGAACAAAGUUCUGGAAGAAAUUCUUUUGAUUCACAGACUGGGAAAGGAUGGAACCAUAAAGCAUCUAUGAACAUCAGUCGUGCAGGUGCAGGACAUAGUUCUAGUGAUAAUAUUCAAUCUUACGGGAACAGCCAGGUAACAGGCCCUUUUAAUAGAGGUCUUCAACAAGGACCUAAAGGUGGUAAAUCAGCAAGAGGAGGAAGAGGAAGAUUAAAUGGGAGGGAUUCUCAACGUGUUGGACCUCCAUCUUCUAUGAUGGGUCCUCCCUUUGCUCCCCUCGGCAUGCCACCUGGUCCAAUGCAGCCAAUUGGACCAAACAUGACUGCACCUCCACCCAUUGGACCUGGUGUUAUCAUCCCUCCAUUUCCUUCACCACUUGUUUGGCCAGGAGCUAGAGGUGUUGAUAUGAAUAUGUUGGCUCCUCCACCCAACCUUCCUCAUAUACCUUCCCUUGGCCCAGCCCGGCCUAGGUUUCCUCCCAACAUGGGAAUUGGUCCUGGUCACUCAAUGUACUUCAACCAAGCUGGCACUGUAAGGGGUGUUCCACCUAAUAUAUCAGCUCCAGGAUUCAAUACAGCAGGACCAGCUAGUCAUGAUAUGCAACAUGAUAAAGCUCCAGGAGGUUGGGCACCUCCAAGAACUAGUGGACCAUCUGGUAAAGCUCCCUCAAGAGGGGAACAAAAUGACUACUCUCAGAAUUUUGUUGACACUGGCAUGAGACCCCAGAAUUUCAUCAGGGAGCUCGAGCUUACUAGUGUCGUUGAGGACUAUCCAAAGUUGAGAGAACUUAUUCAGCGAAAAGAUGAGAUUGUCGCUAAGUCAGCUUCAACACCCAUGUAUUAUAAAUGUGAUUUACGGGAUCAUGUACUUUCUCCUGAAUUCUUUGGGACCAAAUUUGAUGUUAUUCUUGUGGAUCCUCCUUGGGAGGAGUAUGUUCAUCGAGCUCCUGGUAUUACUGAUCACCUGGAGUACUGGACUUUUGAGCAGAUACGCGAUCUCAAGAUUGAGGCAAUAGCUGACACACCAUCAUUUAUCUUCUUGUGGGUCGGUGAUGGUGUGGGGCUGGAACAGGGUCGUCAAUGUCUAAAAAAGUGGGGUUUUAGAAGGUGUGAAGAUAUUUGUUGGGUGAAGACAAACAAAAAGAAUGCUACUCCAGGUCUGAGACAUGAUUCUCACACACUGUUUCAGCAUUCAAAGGAACACUGUUUGAUGGGCAUAAAAGGAACGGUUCGACGUAGCACUGAUGGACAUAUCAUCCAUGCCAAUAUCGACACAGAUGUUAUAAUCGCUGAGGCACCAAGUGAUGCUGGAUCUACCAAAAAGCCAGAUGAUAUGUAUAGAAUUAUUGAGCAUUUUGCACUUGGACGAAGGAGGCUUGAACUCUUUGGUGAGGACCACAAUAUUCGAUCUGGCUGGUUAACUGUAGGCAAAGGAUUAUCUUCCUCUAAUUUCAAUGCUGAGACCUAUGUUCGGAAUUUCAAUGACAAGGAUGGGAAGGUUUGGCAGGGUGGUGGAGGGCGAAACCCACCACCUGAUGCUCCUCAUCUUGUGUUGACUACGCCUGAGAUUGAAAGUUUGAGGCCGAAAUCACCACCUCAGAAGAAUCAACAACAAUCAGCGCCAAUAGUAAGUUCUGGCAACAGGAGGCCUUCAGGAAACUCUCCACAGAACCCCAUGAAUCCAUCUUUUCAUGGGACGAUGAAUGCUGAUCUGCCUGGCUCUGAACCUGCAACUCCAGCUCCUUGGUCUUCCUCCCCAAUGGUUGGAUUCAGAGGACCUGAUGGCGAACUCAUGGGCAUGGAUGGUUAUGAUGGAUAUGGGUUCAAUGCCUCUUUUCCUCAACCAUUUGGAGAUCAUAUAGACAUUGAUCCUCGUCGAUCGAUUAAUUUUUUGUAACAAGGAACAUAAUCUGUGGAGAACUCCCUUAUUUUCGUUUAUUUCAUAUGCAUGAGCGGAAUUGUUAAGUGGCCUUUUGUCUGCUAUCGUCAUUCUUUAUUGCAAUUGUUUCCUUGCUGCCGCAGUCUUGCAAGGGCAUCUUUGUUGCUUUUUUUUAGUUUAAUUUUGUUGACUGUAUUUGUAUUUCAUCCAGGUGAUUAUUUCCCAAGUGCCUCAAAAAAAGAUCAUGCGUCUGAAGGAAAGAUUGAUCAAUUCUAGUUUAA